GCAGGGAGAGGUUCACUCAGCCUGCCAUUGCUGUACACCGUCCGGGUGAUGCCUCCCCUUUCCAACUUUUCAUCCAGCGGUUAGCGACGACACGUCCAAGAAAGGUGGUCUUAUUUGCUUUUCGUUUUUUUUUUUCAACUCAAGUUUCUUCCAUGACUCGAUACCUUACUGGACUAACGCCAGCGUUUCGGGCAACGAAGAUAAGAUAAUGAACUUUGGACUUUCUACACGGCUUUUCGUGACAUGUUUCCCGUCGUCCCGGAUAAAAUAAAAUAACAACGUAGCCCGGCGUGGCGGCAGCUGGGCGAAAAUUCAAUUGGAAGGAAAAUAGCGCACUCUCCCAAGUGAUUAUAAAAACAGAGACAGCAACAACUUUUGACCUGCCAGUUUUGAAGCAGAAUAGGAGAAUAAAAUGUCCUCCAAAGCUUCAAAUAAGAGUGCAGCGAUGGAGGAAACGGUCAUAUGGGAACAGCACACAGUGACCCUUCACAGGGCCCCAGGAUUUGGGUUUGGUAUUGCCAUCUCAGGUGGACGAGACAACCCUCAUUUCCAGAGUGGAGAGACGUCCAUUGUGAUAUCUGAUGUGUUGAAAGGAGGUCCUGCAGAGGGACUGCUACAAGAAAAUGAUCGAGUGGUGAUGGUCAAUGCUGUCUCUAUGGACAAUGUAGAGCAUGCCUACGCUGUGCAGCAACUCCGCAAGAGUGGCAAAAAUGCAAAGAUAACCAUCCGUAGGAAAAGGAAAGUACAAAUCCCUGUUUCGCGGCCAGGAGACAGGGAGACCAUGUCAGAGCACGAGGAAGAGGACAGUGAUGAGGAUGAUGGCUAUGAGCACCACAGCGGUCGUGGUGGCCAAAGUGCCUAUGGAGGAGCAAGCGGAGGCACAGGCACUGGCAGGCGUCAGGAACGUGAGCGUAGCAGCAGUGGCAGGCGGGAUCACAGUGCCUCGCGGGAGAGGAGUGUCUCACCGCGCUCUGAUCGCCGAUCACAAGCCUCGUCUGCUCCACCCAGGCCUGCCAAGGUCACCCUUGUCAAGUCCCGCAAAAAUGAAGCAGAAUAUGGACUCCGAUUGGCCAGCCACAUCUUUGUGAAGGACAUCUCUCCUGAGAGCCUUGCUGCCAGGGAUGGAAACAUCCAAGAGGGAGAUGUUGUACUUAAGAUCAAUGGCACAGUUACGGAGAACCUAUCAUUGAUAGAUGCCAAGAAGCUGAUUGAGAGGUCAAAGGGCAAACUGAAGAUGGUGGUGCAAAGAGAUGAGCGAGCCACGCUGCUCAACAUUCCAGACCUCGACGACAGUAUCCCAUCAGCUAAUAACUCCGACAGAGAUGACAUUUCAGAAAUACAUUCACUGACAUCAGAGCAUUCCAAUCGAUCCCACGGGAGAGGCAGUCGAUCACGUUCCCCUGACAGGCCUGAACUGUCGGACCAUCUCCGUCACUCACCUCGGCAGAUCAGCAAUGGCAGCCACCGAAGUCGAGAUGAGGAGCGCAUAUCCAAACCAGGGGCCAUGUCCACACCAGUCAAAAGCUCUGAUGAUGGGGUCUUGUCACAGGCCAGCGACCAGGCCAGCUCCAGAGAUGACAAACAGUUACCUCCGCUGCCUGAACCAAAGCCAGUUUAUGCACAACCCGGUCAGCCUGACGUGGACCUGCCUGUCAGCCCCUCUGAUGCUCCUGUGCCCAGUGCCGCUCAUGAUGACAGUAUUCUCAGGCCGAGUAUGAAGCUGGUCAAGUUCAAGAAGGGAGAGAGUGUCGGUCUGCGGUUAGCAGGCGGGAACGACGUGGGAAUUUUUGUGGCAGGAGUUUUGGAGGACAGUCCUGCAGCCAAGGAGGGGCUGGAGGAGGGAGACCAGAUUCUCAGGGUGAACAAUGUGGACUUUGCUAACAUCAUCCGAGAGGAGGCUGUGCUGUUUUUGCUGGAUCUCCCAAGAGGAGAAGAAGUUACUAUUCUGGCUCAGAAGAAAAAGGAUGUGUAUCGGCGGAUAGUGGAAUCAGACGUGGGGGACUCCUUUUACAUCCGGACACAUUUUGAAUAUGAAAAAGAGUCACCAUAUGGCCUGAGCUUUAACAAGGGCGAGGUGUUCCGUGUAGUAGACACUCUCUACAACGGCAAACUAGGCUCCUGGCUCGCUAUCCGCAUUGGCAAGAACCAUCAGGAAGUGGAAAGGGGCAUCAUCCCCAACAAGAAUAGAGCUGAACAGCUGUCCAGUGUGCAGUACACCCUCCCCAAAACACCAGGAGGCGACAGAGCGGACUUCUGGAGAUUCAGAGGAUUGCGAAGUUCCAAGAGGAAUUUGCGGAAGAGCAGGGAGGACCUGUCAGCCCAGCCAGUUCAGACCAAGUUCCCUGCCUAUGAAAGGGUGGUGCUGAGGGAAGCUGGGUUCCUAAGGCCUGUGGUUAUCUUUGGGCCAAUAGCAGACGUGGCCAGAGAGAAACUGGCCAGAGAGGAGCCGGAAGUUUUUGAACUAGCAAAAACACAGCAACAACAAGGAGGGGAAAAGAGUGAACCCAGGGAUGCAGGAACGGACCAGAAAAGCUCCGGCAUCAUUCGCCUGCACACCAUUAAACAGAUCAUUGACAGAGACAAGCAUGCAGUGCUGGACAUCACCCCUAAUGCAGUGGACCGUCUCAACUACGCUCAGUGGUAUCCAAUUGUGGUGUUUCUCAACCCAGACACCAAGCAGGGUGUCAAGAACAUGAGGACCCGCCUCUGCCCUGAGUCCAGGAAGAGCGCCAGGAAGCUCUAUGAUCGAGCCCUCAAAUUAAGAAAGAACAACCACCAUCUCUUCACUACAACCAUUAACUUGAACAGCAUGAAUGAUGGUUGGUUUGGAGCACUGAAAGAGAUAAUCCAGCAGCAGCAGAACCAGCUGGUGUGGGUUUCAGAGGGCAAGGCUGAUGGGGCAGCUGAGGACGACCUGGACAUCCAUGACGACCGUCUGUCCUACUUGUCGGCACCAGGUAGUGAGUAUUCCAUGUACAGCACCGACAGCCGCCACACCUCCGACUACGAGGACACAGACACAGAGGGCGGAGCCUACACCGACCAGGAGCUGGACGAAACACUGAAUGACGAUGUGGGCCCACCCACGGAGCCUGCCAUCACCCGCUCCUCUGAGCCUGUUCGUGAGGACCCGCCUGUCAUCCAGGAGCCCCCUGGCUACGCUGGCUACACAGUGCAGCCGGACCCCCUGAACCGCAUCGACCCGGCUGGGUUCAAGGCACCAGUGCCGCAGCAGAAAGCAGAGGCCGCUGCCGUCCCUAGCAUCCCCCAGCAGCCUGAGCCCCUGGCUGAGACAAUGCCCCCUGCUGUCGACGUUACUGUAAAAACUGUAGGGGGUCUGAGCCCUGACGAGGCUCCUGCAGCUCCCCACAGCCAGCCAAGCCCCAUCCCAGAGGCUGGCUCACUUAGGAGGCCCUCCCCCCAGCUAGCCCCUCAGAGCGUCACACCAGAACCUCUACAGUCUGGACUGGCCAGUUCCGAACCAAAGAUGUUUCAAAAGGAUCCAUACAACACAGACAACACAGGGCGUAUCGGUGGCCACAGCAUGAAGCCUGUGACUUACAACCCUCAGCAGGGAUAUCACCCUGACCAGCAGCCAUACAGAGAUUACGACCACCCACCCAGUCGGUAUGAUGUCAGCAGCAGUGGAGUCAGCAGUGGAGGUGGUUACCCAGAACCAAAGUACCGUAACUAUGACUCUAACCCACCCUAUGAGAACAGUGUGCCUCACUACGACCAGCAACAGUGGAACCCCUACAACCAGCCGCUCUCUACUGCCAACUCCCAGGGCUACGAUCCCCGUUUGCCGUACAGUGAUGGCCCUGAAUCCCAGUACACCCCUCCUCUCCGCUACGAUGAGCCCCCACCUCAGCAGGGAUUUGACGGGCGGCCUCGCUAUGGUAAACCAACAGGUCCAGGGCCUGUCCGUUACGAUGAUCCUCCUCCUCCUGCCCCAGGGCCUGACCUGCACUAUGACCAGGAUUCUCACUUGAGUACGUACCCCACUGCUGCCCGCUCCCCAGACCCUGCUGCCCAGCGGCCUGCCUAUAACCAGGGACCAUCACUGCAACAAAAAGGCUACAAACCUCAGCAGUACGACCCCGUUCCUGUGAACUCUGAAACCAGCCCCACACCUCCUCCCAAAGCAGAGGCCCCCUCAACUUCCCCUGUGGAAGCUCCAAAAGCCGCACCCGCCAGAGACGAGCAACAGGAGGAUGACCCUGCCAUGCGGCCCCAGUCAGUCCUGACGAGGGUCAAGAUGUUUGAGAACAAACGCUCUGUGUCUAUGGACCGAGCCAGGGAUGCAGGGGAUUCAUCUGGGACCAGGGCAGCAGAUUUACCUUUGAAAGCAGGUGGAGUAAUCCCUAAAGCAAAUUCUCUGAGCAACUUGGAUCAAGAGAAAACCUUUAGAGCCCCAGAGCCGCAAAAGCCUCAGUCCAAGGUAGCUGAUGAUAUUGUGCGCUCCAACCAUUACGACCCUGAUGAGGACGAGGACUACUACAGGAAACAGCUGUCUUACUUUGACCGACUCCAAGCUGGCCCCAACAAACCCCAGCCACAAGCACAAACAACCCACAACUACCCAAGGACAGAGUCAGUGGAGAAACCAAGUCCAGUGGAGAAAAAAUAUGAACCUGUUCCCCAGGUGACACCAUCUCUGCCACCAGCCACACUGCCCAAACCCUCACCUGAAGCCAAACCUCCUGCCCGAGAGGACACUGUCCAGACCAACUUCCUGCCUCACAAGAGUUUCCCUGAGAAGUCUCCAGUUAAUGGCACAAGUGAGCAGCCUCCAAAAACAGUCACUAGCACCGGGGCUCCACCAGCAUCCAGCUACAACCGCUACACGCCCAAGCCCUACACCACCUCUGCCAAGCCUUUUGCACGCAUGUUCGACAGUCCCAAAUUCAACCACAACCUUCUGCCCAAUGACAAGCCUGACACUGCUCCAAAGGGCCGGAGCUCCAGCCCAGUGAAGCCUCAGGUACCUCCACAGCCCCAGAACGCAGACCAUGACAGUGGUCUGGACACCUUCACGCGCACUAUGGACCACCGUUCCAAAUACCAGCACAACAACAUCAACGCUGUUCCCAAGGCCAUCCCUGUGAGCCCCACUGCCCUGGAUGAUGAUGAUGAUGAAGAUGAGGGCCACACUGUGGUUGCAACGGCCCGAGGUAUCUUCAACUGUAACGGUGGCGUCCUGAGCUCCAUUGAGACAGGUGUCAGCAUAAUAAUCCCACAGGGUGCCAUACCUGACGGGGUGGAGCAGGAGAUCUACUUCAAGGUCUGCCGAGACAACAGCAUCCUGCCACCACUCGACAAGGAGAAAGGAGAGACUCUGCUCAGCCCUCUGGUGAUGUGUGGACCUCAUGGCCUCAAGUUUUUGAAGCCUGUGGAGCUACGCUUACCUCACUGUGCGUCAAUGACCCCUGAUGGUUGGUCUUUUGCUCUAAAAUCCUCCGACUCCUCGUCGGGUGACCCAAAAAGCUGGCAGAACAAGUCUCUCCCCGGGGACCCCAACUACCUGGUGGGAGCCAACUGUGUUUCUGUGCUCAUUGACCACUUUUAAGGAUGGGCCAGCAGGUGUGAUGUUACUGAAUGUGGAACCAUGGUGGAUAAAAUGAAGAGGAUGGACACACGUACACAGGCACACACACACACACCCACACACACACUCACACAUACAGAUACAUGCACUCCAAACAUACUGACACACACCACAUUAUGGAGUAUGAAGAAGAUCCAGUCAGUGCUGUUUACUGCACCCAUGGAUGAAGGCGAGACACUGAUGAUCAUUACAAGCUGUUCUUUAAACUCUUUUUCCCAAUUUGAAGUUUUGAUGUGAAAUGAAACCAUUGAUGCAUGCCCCAUGCCACUGAGGAUUGACAUUAUAUAUACUGUAAGGCAAUGUUUAAUGUAAUUUCUACAUGAAUAUAGAUGGAUGGAUGGCUUUUGAGGCAGCGUACAUGCUUCAAAAAUAUUUAUGCUAUAUAUGCAUACAGUAUAUAUAGUAGUAUAGUGAAGAUUUACUAAAAUUUUACUCAUGGAUUCAGUCAACAUCUUGUUAUUUUUCAGUUCAGGUGACUGAAAGCAAAUAUGUAUCUCCACCUAUUUUUUCCACAUUGAGGGAACUUUAAUGAAGGUUUGAGACAGAUGUGAGAUAAAACCAGAGAUGGUGACAUUUGCAAGUAUCUGUAGAAGGAGCAAAAGCUGGAUAUGAACCCAAGAAGCACACUUUUAGAGACGUUCUUCCUUCCUCACCCCUUCCUUUACUCUUCCUUUUCCUACAGUAAUAUCUUGUAGCUUACUUUCUUACGGAUUACCACGUCUCUCCUUCCAGCCUGAGGGAGAUCUAUGCAUGUUCUUUGCUCAGGUCCAGUAGCCUCCUCAGUUCCUUCCUCACAUCUAUUUCUAUCGCUCUCUCUCUCUUUCUCUCUCUCUCUCUCUCGCUCUCUCUCUCUCUCUCUCUCUUUUUCCUCUUUCUUCUCUUUCUAUCUUUUUCUGUCUGUGCACUCUCCUGCACUCUCACACAAAUAAGCAGUGAUGCCUUAUCUGCAGAUUAUUCACUUUUCAUUAAGAAAAAAAAAUAAGUUAUGAUAAAUUAUGGUAUAAUGUCAUUUGUUUUGCCAUUUCAUUUUUUGUGAACCCACUGUAUAAAUGAACUUGGGUUUAGCUCACAAUAACAGUUGAUAAAGGAUAACAAAGGUAUGCUCUUCUUUUAUCUGCUAUGCAUUACUUAAAUAAAAAAUAAAAAAAACAACAAAAAACAAAAACAAGAAAACAGAAAAGAAGUGGCUGUAAAUAAAGCUAGCAUAUUGCCUUGUUUCUUUUGUUUGUAAAUGAACUUUUUGUAUGUCUUUCUUUUUUGUAUAAAACUUAGAGAAAACAUGUUUUAAAAAGUGGAAGAAAGUGAACGUGGUUAUCUUUGUAUUCUGGAUAUACCCUCGAGCCUUGGAACUUAUAACCUAACAAUAAUACAUCACACCUUUUCUACCAAUAUAUUCACACUAUGUUACGGUCACAAAAAGCUCUUUUUAUGGCUAUUUAAGGAUCAGGAAAGUACUUGGCCUAAAAUACAUUUAAAACAUGUUCUUUUAAAAGGGUGUGCUCUCUCAAAGUGUUCCCCUCACUGAUUUGUGAUACUGGAUGCUGUAUUGUGUGCCCUUAAAUGUAUUUUUGUACUAAUAGACAAUAUAUUAUGUAUGGCACACCAGUACCAUUUUAUUUUUAGAUAUAACACGGCUUUAAUUGGAUAUUAGCUCUUCACGUGUGGCUGACUUUUUUUCUCCUCUGCAACACAAUUUUAAGUAUACCACUGUAUUAAUAAAUAAAGUCAUUUUUAAAGUAAA